CCCUUGUACUAAUCCCUUCUGCACGCUCAUCCGCCUGCAGACUGCGUGAUACGACAGACUGCAGACAGACACUUCCUCAGUCAUGGUGGACGCCGCCACCGCCGAGCAGUUCCUGGACGCCAACCCGCAGUUCGCCAAGCAGUACUACGACAUCAACUUCCGGCCCAAGGUGGUGCGCGACCUGCUGGACAACGGCCGCGCCACGGCGGUGGACGUGAGCCGCUACCACCGGCUCACCGCGGUGGAGGAGAGCGAGAUCCUCUUCGACCUGGUGCGAGACAUCCAGGACAACCUCCAAAUGGAGAAGUCGCUCUUCAACCUCAUGCGGCACCUCAGCUUCAUGAUGAGGGCCGACCGCAUGAGCCUCUUCAUGUACCGACAGAGGAACGGCGUCGCCGAACUGGCCACCAGGUUGUUUAACGUGCAUAAAGAUUCCGCGUUCGACGACUGCCUGGUGCAGCCCGACAGCGAAAUCGUGUACCCGCUGGAUUUGGGCAUCGUGGGCCACGUGGCCUCCGUCAAGAAGAUGGUCAACGUGCCCGACGUCGCUCAGAAUCCUCACUUCAGCAACUUUGCGGACGAGCUGACCGAGUACACCACCAGGAAUGUGCUGGCCGUGCCCAUUAUGAACGGCAAGGACAUGGUGGCCGUCAUGAUGGCCGUCAACAAGAUGGACGACGCGCCGCACUUCACCGCCGAGGAUGAAGAGACCUUCAACAAGUACCUGAACUUCGCCAACCUGGUGCUGAGGGUUUUCCACCUGAGCUACCUGCACAACUGCGAAACCAGGAGAGGGCAGGUGCUGCUGUGGUCAGCCAGCAAGGUGUUUGAGGAGCUGACAGACAUCGAGAGGCAGUUUCACAAGGCCUUGUACACAGUGCGAGCCUUCCUCAACUGCGACCGCUACUCUGUGGGCCUGCUGGACAUGACCAAAACCAAAGAGUUCUUUGACCUUUGGCCCGUCCUGAUGGGAGAAGUUCCUCCGUACGACGGACCUAAAACGCCCGAUGGCCGGGAAGUAAUCUUCUACAAAAUUAUCGACUAUAUACUACACGGCAAAGAGGACAUCAAAGUCAUCCCGAAUCCUCCAGCAGACCACUGGGCUCUGGUCAGCGGCUUGCCAACGUAUGUGGCAGAAAAUGGACUGAUUUGCAACAUAAUGAACGCAGCUGAGGAUGAAUUCUUCAACUUCCAGAAAGAACCUCUGGACAACUCGGGCUGGACAGUCCGCAAUGUUUUGUCCAUGCCCAUCGUCAACAAGAAAGAGGAGAUUGUGGGCGUGGCCACCUUCUAUAACAGGAAGGACGGGAAACCCUUUGAUGAAAUGGAUGAAACGCUGAUGGAGUCGCUGACUCAGUUCCUGGGCUGGUCGGUGCUCAACCCGGACACGUAUGACAAGAUGAACAAGCUCGAGAACCGCAAGGACAUCUUCCAGGACAUGGUGCUGUACCACGUCAAAUGUCGAAAGGACGAGAUCCAGAACAUCCUGAACACGCGCGAGCGAUGGGGGAAGGAACCGGACGAGUGCGAAGAGGAGGAGCUGGAGGAGAUCCUGUCAGAGGUUCUCCCCAACGCCAAGAAAGCGGAGAUCCUGGAGUUUCACUUCUGCGACUUUGAGCACAGCGAGUUGGACCUGGUCAAGUGUGGCAUCAGGAUGUACUACGAACUCAAAGUGGUGGACAAGUUCCACAUCCCCAGAGAGGUGUUGGUGAGAUUCAUGUACUCGCUCAGCAAAGGCUACAGGAAGAUCACCUAUCACAACUGGAGACACGGAUUCAACGUUGGCCAGACCAUGUUCACGCUGCUCAUGACGGGCGACCUGAAGCGUUACUACACCGACCUGGAGCGCAUGGCCAUGGUGACCGCCGGAUUCUGUCACGACAUCGACCACCGGGGAACAAACAACCUCUAUCAGAUGAAGUCUGGAAAUCCUCUGGCGAAGCUUCACGGCUCGUCCAUCUUGGAGAGACACCAUCUUGAGUUUGGCAAGACUUUGCUGAGAGAUGAGUCUUUGAACAUCUACCAGAAUCUGAACCGCCGCCAGCACGACAUCGUCAUCCACCUGAUGGACAUCGCCAUCAUCGCCACCGACCUGGCGCUCUACUUCAAGAAGAGGACCAUGUUCCAGAAGAUUGUGGACCAGUCCAAGACGUACGACAGCUGGAACGACUGGACCAAGUACAUGAUGCUGGAGACAACACGCAAGGAGAUAGUCAUGGCCAUGAUGAUGACGGCCUGCGACCUGUCGGCCAUCGCGAAGCCCUGGGAGAUCCAGAGCAAGGUGGCGCUGUCUGUAGCUGCUGAGUUUUGGGAGCAAGGAGAUCUGGAGAGGACCGUCCUGGAGCAACAACCCAUCCCCAUGAUGGACAGAAACAAAGCAGAUGAGCUUCCGAAGCUUCAGUGCGGCUUCAUCGACUUUGUCUGCUCCUUUGUUUACAAGGAGUUCAGCCGCUUCCACGAGGAGAUCACGCCCAUGCUGGAGCGGCUCCUCAACAACCGCAAGGAGUGGAACGCCCUCAAGGAGGUGCACGACGCCAAGAUGGCCGCCGGCGAGGCGGCCAAGAAGGCCAAGGAGGAGGCGGCCGGCGCGGCGGCCGCGGCCAGACAAGCGAGUGCGGCCCAGUCCAAGACUUGCACGCUCAGCUAGAAAGCCGCUUCGCAAACGUUUUACACCAAGUACAAUCUCCAAAAACACGUUAACAACGUUCAAAUACGGUAGCGUAGGUUUUAUUCCUCGCAAGUAUAUUGCUUAUUUUCGUAAGAUGCUAUAACGGCUAUGUACAGUUUGAACAUUAACGCUGCACUUAAAUAGAGGCAAAUAAAAAAUAAAAAAAAUGGUACCGUAUAAUCAUAAUGAUGAACUUGAAAGGUUUUACAUACAAAUAAAAAUUGUAAAUGACCGAAAUACAUAUUGAAGGACAAACAUUUCUGAAAGGUUAAAUCCUUACUUAAAAGUUAAGUACAACUAAACUGUAACAAAUGCACUGUACUGGGUUUAAAAAAAAAAUGGAUUUAUACUCAAUUUGACCAUUGAAUUCAGUGAUUCUUUCACAUACCACUAGAGGGAGCCCACGUGAUUCACUGAUGCGCUUGUGAUUGUGAGUAACAGUAUUGAAAGCAUGUGCAAGUAUGUAAUUGCUUGAAAAAAAUUGUCGAUGUUGCUGUUUUCAUACACAAACAAGUUUGUUUGUCUUUGCAUUGAGUGCAUUGUGUUGCUGAUUAAAGUUAGAGGGACUAUUCAA